AUGUACGUUGUAGGUGUAGACGUUGUGACGCAGGGAAGGGAAGUUGUGUCACGAGCGUUUGAUGGAGAGGAAUUCAUGCUUCACCGGCAGCGGGGGCCUCCAUUCUGGGUUAGCGUGCUAAUCUUGGGCAUACUGUUCCCGUGCUUCUUUGGCUGGACCAUCGUUGGUACUGUUUGGUUUCUUGAAAUACAAGAGGAGACGCCAUAUUGCUUGCCGCGGGAGAGCCACCCGUGGUUUUUUACUUUUUGGCUAGCUCUUUGUUAUAUUUGGAUUUUAAUAUACAUCAUUUUUAUCGCGACUGCAGUAGUUUGCGAGUAUAGAGCCCGAAGAAUGGAAAGGGAUCUCCAAAUUCUGCAGAAUGAAGAUAUGAUUCGGCGCUGGGGCCGAAUUCGCAUUUUCUCAGACUACGGAAUAUAUAUUUUCCGUCGCGGUUUAACUCCCGACCAAGUUGCGAGAAUACCUUGGCAAAAGCUUGAGUAUGACCCGACAGAGAUGAUGCCGUGCUCGAUUUGUUUGGAGGAGUUUGCAGCUGGUGAUAAUGUUCGAAUUCUUCAGGCCUGUGGCCACAUCUUCCACAAGUGCUGCAUUGAUAUUUGGCUGCUGCGCAACGCCGUGUGCCCCAAUUGCAAGUCCCCCAUUUUGGCGGGCCCCAGCAAUGGCUGUAACGAGCCAAGUGAAGUGGUCGGAACCCGAUCGGCAACCUGCUCAACAGCGCCAAGUCCAAGCCCAGCAGAAACGCAGGUGUCGCGUCAGGGGAUCAGGUUUGAGCGGCGCUUGAAUCCCGAGGAGCCCUUGUGUCCCCACUUAUCCCACCAGUCACAAUCUGGUAUCAAGGGAACGGCUGGAAGGAUGAUUGAUAAUAAAAGGGUGACCCAGAAGAAGCUCUAUGACGGAUAA